UUUAACGAUUAAUGAAAAUCGAAAUUACUUAGUCCGUUAUUUAAAGUGCCGGUAUCAAGAACUAAGAGUUUAUGCAGAAUAUAUAUUAAAAGAGCAACUCAGGAUAAUGAGAGCGCAAAAACUGGCAAUUUCGGUGUUCUAUUUUCUAUUUUGUUGAUCAGCUACCUGCCCCUGUCGUGUGAAGAAAGGUUAUUUUUGUGUCUUUAUUUUUGUGUGCGUUUAUUUGAAAAAUCAUGUUCGGCAAGUUUUUACAUGCACGCAACCUUCAGUCGAAUGAUUCUUGAGGUCAUGAGCAGAGUCGAAUUAUUACCAAAGGCCAAGAAAUUUCACCAUACAAACAUAACCAACAAGACGAAUCAAGAAUCAAAUUCAUAUCAAUAGUUUGCUUUACAAACCGUGCAGUUUGUUGCAACUUCUCAUAUGGCUUUAUAUUAGAACAAUAGAGGACAAGAGACCUAAAUAUAGAAAAAUCAAUACUUGUUCGGUGACAUUUUAUUCAAAAUGAAUCAGGAAAGAACAAAACCGAAACAUAAAGGAUUUGCUAGUUUCCUCCUACCAAACAGGCCUCCCAACAAGGUCGGCGUUUUGGUAAAUAGAACGCAAAGCGCUAAGGAACCCAACUUAAAAAAUUUGACACAUUCCGAAGCUAACAGCCCUACUCAUAUCUCCAAAAGACCUUUAAGUUUCAGCAUGAGAAAUGGCACUUUAAAGAAAAGCAAUGAUUUUCUGGAACCGCCAUUAACUGCAUUAAAAAGGGAAAACAGUUUAUCUGAAAGUUACUUGCUUGACGAGGAUCAGUGUAAUAGUUAUGUUGAAAAACCGCUUGAAAAAUAUGGAUCUCAUGAAAGUGUCCUAAAGGAAGCCGUUAGUAGCUUGCACAAAAUUCCAACAGCAAAAGCUAGGGCACGAAAUUUUUUGCAUGGAAGAAUUGGAGCGAAUUCCCUUCUGGGACCUCCUGAAUUGGAUAGGCUGUGUUCGAAUAGAGAAAUAACCAUUUUCGUAGGCACCUGGAAUAUGAAUGGGCAUUCUGCACCCAAAGAACUGAAUGAUUUCGUUCUUCCAAUUGGAAUGAAGCACGUGCCGGAUAUUUUAAGUUUCGGGACACAAGAGUCGUGCUCUGAAAGGUUGGAAUGGGAAAUCUCACUGCAAGAAACGAUUGGUCCUUCACAUAUUUUGUUUCAUUCUACUAGUUUAGGUACUUUACAUUUAUGUAUAUUUAUCAGAAGGGAUCUGAUUUGGUAUGUUUCCAUACCGGAAGAUGCCAGUUUGUCAGUGAGACCAGGAAGCGCGUUUAGAACAAAAGGGGCGGUUGCUACUUCUUUUAUGGUUUUUGGUACAUCUUUUCUCUUCGUUACUGCCCAUUUAACUGCUCACCAGGAGAAGGUUAAAGAACGGGUUAGCGAUGUAAAGAGGAUUGUCAACUCAUUGGAUUUACCUAGAGUGCUUCCAUGUAAAAACAAAUCUAAGGAUGUGACGCAAAACUUUGAUUAUGUCUUCUGGUCAGGAGAUUUAAAUUUUCGUUUAGCCACCCCGCGAAGCAAAGUCUUAGAAUGGUUGUCCAACACCAGCUUUCCGCUUCCUCCACAUUUGCCCCACGGCUACAUGCAUCAUGAUCAAUUAUGUACGGUUUUGGCCGAUGGUGCGGCUUUUAGAGGUUUUUCGGAAGCAAAGAUUACAUUUCCUCCUACAUAUAAGUAUGAUCCUGGGACUCAGAAUUUCGAUUCCUCGUCCAAACAACGCACGCCUGCGUAUACUGAUAGAAUUCUUUACAAGCAAAAAAAUUCUCGAAGGUUGAGCGGUGCGUUCGAGCAUCCACCUCUUCAGUGUUUAAUCUAUGAUUCAGUUCAAAGUAUCACUACCUCAGAUCAUAAGCCAGUUUGGGGAGUGUUUCGAGUACAUUUAAGACCUGGAUUAGAUACAAUUCCAUUAGCUGCAGGGAUGUUUAAUAGAGAGGUGUAUUUAGAGGGUUUGAAAAGACGGGCUGAAACCCUAAGCAAAAGCAAGGAAGCUAGUGCAGUUUGUUCCAUUCAGUAACUCUUUAGGCAAUCAAAUGACAACUCUUAGGCAAUAACUUGGUGCUCUUUUGGUAUCAAUUCUAUAUUUAAAUAUUGACCACUAUUGCUUAAGAUCCAACUAUAUUUAUGGUGAAAUGUAGUAUAGUUCUAAAAGUUGAAAUGAUCAAAGCUGUUGUAACAUUCUAUUUUUAUAUUUACAAAUGUAAAAAAUCGCCGUACGGACAAAAUAAAUCGGGUCAUUUUAUAAAAACACAAGUCAAGAUGAGAAUGGUUGCAAAAAAGCAUCAAAACUCUUUCUAGUCAAUGUUUCCCUUUUGAAGACCAAUAUACUGUAGCUAAUAUUUACCUGAUAAGCAAUAUUACUAGAAAUCUAGUUUUAGAAGCCCCUUAUUUUAUAAAAAAUAAACGAUCAAAUCAAAAUCUCUUAGUGAUAUUUAGUACAUAAUUCACGUUUUGUGAUUGUUCUAAGAAUGAUUGAUACUCGGUAACUGAUAAAGUAUCUUGUUAACCUCAGAAAAUAUAAUUAAAGGUUGUAUUUUUUAACCAACUUAAUGGAAUAAUUUUAUUGCUGAUUGCUAGUGCUACUUCAAAUAAUUUAUUUCAGCUUCCAUGAUAGUUUUGAGAUUGUUGUUUGCCAGAUUUUACAUGGUUUUGAAUGAGUAAAUGCCACUCACUUGAAAAACUAUGCAUAUAUUUGAAUAAUUCAUAAUAGAUAAUACUUAAGUUAACAUUCCAUAAAGAUUGUGUGAAAAUGUUACACAUUAGUAGCUAUAAAAUAAAGUUCCUCUUUACAUAUACUUAUAUAUACUUAAACUUAAUUGUACAUAAAUUUUAAAUUAGUCAGUGACAUACAACAACCGUGAAUCUUUGUCAAAUGCUAUUUUUCAACUAAAUAAAUUCACAUUUAUGAAGGUUCCAAAAAAUCUAUACGAUACGACCUCGCUUAACGCUGUUCCGGUUUAACAAGUUUUUCCGGACAUAUUGACAUUCUCUGAAAAUUGGACGCAUCAUUGGGCUUUCCUGAAAUCCGAGGUUUUUUAUCUGAAUUGCUUUUUGUCAUUACUGUUACAUGAACGUAAUUUUAUUAAUUCAAUAAGUUAUUCCCGCUAUUGUAAGUAUAACUGUAUGAAAUAUAAUGAUUUAAAUAGUGAUAAUAUUAUAACGUUUAGUUCUUAA